AUGGCGGAAGCUGGGAAGAGGAAGAAGGAGAUCAUCAGAAAGCAUGAAGAAGGAAUGCAAUUGACUGACUUUGCCAAAGAGUAUGGAACGAGUGCAUCCAGAAUUGCUACCAUCCUAAAAAUGAAAGAAAAGAAAACUGGGAGAGAUGCAGCCAAGGAGUCACCAGGGUCUCCAAGCAACAGCCACAUGUUCUGGAGGAGUUCAAAAAGUUGCUCCUGUUCUGGAUUGAACAGAAGCAGCGUGCAGGGGACACAGUGACCGAGGCGAUCAUCUGCAAAAAAGCCAAGGUCUUGCACACUGACCUUCUCAACCAACAGCCAGGAAUGUCAGCCAAUGCAGAAGGCUGCAAGGCCAGCAGGAGGUGGUUUGAAAGGUUCAAGACCAGAUCUGGCAUUCACAGCAUGGUCAGGCAUGGAGAGGCCGCAAGUUCCGAUGUUGAUGCAGCUGAGGAAUUUGCUACUGAGUUCCUUGAGGUCAUGGUUUCAGAGGGCUACCUUCCUCAGCAGGUCUUCAACUGCGACGAGACUGGGCUCUUCUGGAAGAGGAUGACAAAGUGUAUUUUCAUCACGGAAGAGGAGACCUCAUUGCCUGGACACAAGCCGAUGAAGGACCGUCUCACCCUCCUGUUCUGCGCCAAUGCCAGUGGGGACCUUAAGAUCAAGCCCCUGCUCGUCACACAACUCUUGUUUGUGCAGUGGGUCAAUGUGGUUAUUGGUCCUGCUGUCAAGCAGUACCUUGUGGACAAUAACCUGCCACUCAGGGAACUCAAGGAGGCAUGCCAAAUGUGGGUAAACCUACAGACUUUUCUACAGCAGCACCACCCAGAUAAGGCUCUAGCCCAGAGACUUGUGAACAGUUUUGACACCGACAUCAUGUCCUCUUUCCGAGGGAUGCUUAAAAGGCGCCAGAGGCAGCAGACAAUGGAAAGGUUCCUACAAAAACAGCCUAGACCUGAAGAAGAACCUGCUUGUGUUAGUGCUGCCCAGUUGCCCUCCUCCUCCUCUUCCAAAAAGUGUUGA